UUUUGGUACUUCGGAAAGGAACCUGAAAUACAAGCUGAAGCAUUGGUUUUAUCGCCUCGUUCCAUUCACACACACUCUCUCUCUCUCCUGCCAGAUCUAAUUAAAUUAGGGAAGAUACGCACGCAUGUAUGAGAAAACAAUUCAACAGUAGUUGCUCAAUCUAGACUGAUUAUAGCAAUUAUCGAUUCGAAUUCAGACUCAACAAGUUUCACUUCUCUCCAAGAUCACUGCUUGAUUGUUCUGCCAUUUCAAAUUGAUGGCUUCGACGAUGCUCGCUCUCGCCUCUGCAUCUGCCUCAGCUUCAGCUUCACUUUCACUCCAAGAUAAUGGCAAGACAAAAUUGAAGCUGGGAGGCUCUGAUCAUGCUACUUUCUUGAAGGAGAAAAGCAAUCCCUUCACAAAGACUAAGUCCUGUGGUCAGAUAACUAUGAGUGUUGCAGUCAAUGUUUCUCGUUUCGAGGGUAUAACAAUGGCUCCUCCUGAUCCAAUUCUUGGAGUCUCUGAAGCAUUUAAAGCAGACACAAACGAAAUGAAACUCAACCUCGGAGUUGGGGCCUACCGAACAGAAGAACUUCAACCUUAUGUUCUUAAUGUUGUAAAAAAGGCAGAGAAUCUUAUGCUGGAAAAAGGCGAAAACAAAGAGUAUCUUCCAAUAGAGGGUUUGGCUGCAUUUAACAAAGCUACUGCAGAAUUAUUAUUUGGAGCCGAUAACCCAGUAAUUGAACAACAAAGGGUUGCUACUGUUCAAGGUCUUUCAGGAACUGGUUCUCUUCGACUUGCUGCUGCACUCAUUGAAAGAUAUUUCCCUGGGGCAAAAGUUGUAAUAUCAUCCCCAACUUGGGGUAACCACAAGAAUAUUUUCAACGAUGCCAGAGUUCCUUGGUCUGAAUACCGCUACUAUGAUCCAAAAACAGUUGGUUUGGAUUUUGAUGGGAUGAUAUCCGACAUAAAGGCAGCCCCUGAAGGAUCUUUUGUGUUGCUUCAUGGCUGUGCUCACAACCCAACUGGCAUUGAUCCAACCCCAAAACAAUGGGAAAAAAUUGCUGAUGUAAUUCAAGAAAAGAACCAUAUUCCAUUUUUUGAUGUUGCAUACCAGGGAUUUGCAAGCGGAAGCCUUGAUGCAGAUGCAUCUUCAGUGAGGUUGUUUGCUGCACGUGGUAUGGAGCUCCUAGUUGCUCAGUCGUACAGUAAAAAUUUGGGUCUUUAUGCAGAAAGGAUUGGAGCAAUCAACGUUCUCUGCUCAUCAGCAGAUGCUGCAACAAGGGUAAAGAGCCAACUGAAAAGGCUUGCUCGAUCCAUGUACUCAAAUCCUCCCAUUCAUGGGGCUAAGAUUGUUGCCAAUGUUGUUGGGACUCCAACUCUUUUCAAUGAAUGGAAAGAGGAGAUGGAAAUGAUGGCUGGUCGGAUAAAAAUUGUGAGACAAAUACUAUUUGACAGUCUCUCUGCAAAGGACAAGAGUGGGAAGGAUUGGUCAUUUAUCCUCAAGCAGAUUGGCAUGUUCUCUUUCACAGGCCUGAACCAAACUCAGAGCGACAACAUGACAAUUAAGUGGCAUGUGUACAUGACCAAAGACGGGAGAAUAUCCUUGGCGGGAUUAUCAUCAGCCAAAUCCGAAUAUCUUGCAGAUGCCAUCAUUGAUUCUUUUCAUAAUGUCAAAUGAAAAGAGAUGAAUAUCAUGGGAUAAUACACAUUAGAGCGAACCGUUGGAAUUUUCGGUGAGCCCAUUUGUUUGCCAUUAGUUAAUUGAAAACAAUUUUGUCAAAAUCUUGUAAUAAUAUAUAUGUCUGCCUUUUAAACCGAAGCUAAAGUUUUGAAGUUUUAUGAGGCAAUAUUGUAACUGUGUAUUUCAUUCCCUGAAAACAGGUGUUCUUUAAGAAAAUGUUGACUUCUUGCAGCUAAUCUUUAUGUAGCA